AAUUUAUUCAGUCUAUGGUGGAAUAAACAUCUGUUUCAUGUCUGUGUUUUGUAUUGAUUUUUUCGAGCACAAAUUAUUCAUCUAAUAAUUCUUCAUAAAGUGAUUUGAUUGUAUUCGCUUCAAAAUACCCCGGAGGUUUAUCCGUGUGUUAUAUAUCUUCAAAACGCAAGGUUGCUGCAUACUAAGAAAUUAGGUUUGUAUAAGGAUGAGUCCAGUAGAGAGUGUACCAGUUGCUGUAUUAAAUUGCAUAGAUGAUUAUGUUGAACUACUCUAUGAUGACAUACCAGAAAAAAUUAAAGGAUCUGCUCUGAUCCUGCAGCUCGCAAGAAAUCCUGAUAAUCUAAUAGAACUGGCAAGAAAUGAGGCUUUGCUUAGUGCCCUAUCAAGAGUUCUAAGAGAGGAAUGGAAAAGGAGUAUUGAAUUAAGCACAAACAUAGUCUAUACAUUCUUCUGCUUCUCUACUUAUAAUGAAUUUCAUCCUGUCAUUAUUCAAUACAAAAUCGGAUCACUGUGUAUGGACGUAAUAGAUUAUGAACUGAAGAGAUAUGAUCAAUGGAAGGAAAAAGUCGAGGGAAAAAAGCAGGUUGUAACACCUGAUAAGAGUGAAUUGCCGAAAAGUCGUAUUCCUGAACCAAAGCGUCGUCCAAAGUCAGGAACAUGGGCUGUUGCCGAUGUAAAUAUGCAAAAGUCAAGGACGCUAGUAUCCAGUUACCAUGAAGACCUAUGUAGCGCCUCUGACGACUUUCUAUCAAAAAGCGAUGAAGAACAAAUGAAGCGCAAAUUAAAAACACUAUCAAAGCGACAGGAACAGUUGUUGAGAGUUGCCUUUUACAUGCUGCUGAAUAUUGCAGACAACAUAAAAGUUGAAGAGAAAAUGCAUAAGAAAGAUAUUGUUGGCUUGCUUAUCGGUGCCAUGGAGAGACAUUCAAAUAUUGAUCUCCUCAUUCUAAUAGUAUCAUUUCUACAAAAACUUUCCAUUUUCAUAGAAAAUAAAAAUAGCAUGGCAUCACGAGGAAUAGUUGAAAAAUUAGCACCAUUGAUGGAUUCUUCUAAUGCUGAUCUAGUCAACGUCACUUUGAAAUUGUUGUUUAAUUUAACGUUUGAUACAAAAUUGCGAAACAAAAUGAUAAAAUUAGGCUUAUUACCAAAGUUUAUACAGUUUACAAGUGAUGACAAACAUAUUAACCUGGCUAUGAAAAUUCUAUACCAUUUGAGUAUGGAUGAUAGAGUCAAACUGAUGUUUACGCAAUCUGACUGUGUUAAACUGUUGACGGACAUGCUGCUGCUGAACGUGGGCGGCGAGGGCGCGGGCGCGGGCACGACGGACGUGCUGCUGGCGCUGUGCAUCAACCUGGCGUGGUGCGAGCGCGCGGCGCAGCAGAUGGCGGGCGAGGGCCGCCUGCGCGACCUGCUGGCGCGCGCCUUCCGCCACCGCAACGCCAUGCUCAUGAAGCUCGUGCGCAACCUCUCCCAUCACGCCAUCAAUAAACCUCUUUUUGUUGAAUUUGUAGGGGACAUAGCAGGAGCUGUCACAAAUGGAGAUGCCAGUGAAGAGUUUACAGUGGAAUGUUUGGGAACUCUUAAUAACAUACUGAACAUCAAUAACAACAUCGACAUAUUCGCAGUCGUAGAACGAUACAAUUUGAUUCCCUGUAUUAUGAAAAUUUUAGAUCCAGAGGGCAGUGCGGACCCGGAGCUGGUGCUGGAGGGCGUGGUGGCGGCGGGCGCGCUGAGCGGCGACGAGCGCGCGGCCGCGGCGCUGCUGCGCGCCGGCGCCGCGCACGCGCUCGUGGCGCACCUGCGUCUGCGCCAGGCCGACGACGACCACGUGCUGCAGACCGUCUUCGCCUUCCGCCAGCUGCUCGCGCACCCGCGCGCCGCCGACUACCUCGUGCAGCGCACUGAAGCUCCAGCAUAUCUUAUCGAUCUCAUGCAAGAUAAGAACUCGGAGAUACGUAAAAUGUGCGACAACUGCCUUGACAUCAUUUCACAGAUGCAAAAUGAGUGGGCAGCUAGAAUAAAGGUGGAAAGAUUUCGAUGUCACAACGGCCAGUGGCUGUCGGUAGUGGAAACUCUCGGCGCUGAGGGUGGCACAGGAGAUGCUACAGACGACCUGCCUCCCUACUUGUCAGCCGAGUAUCUUACUACACAUCGCCUUACUACGUCAGAUUCACAGACUUCACUAAAUGAUGACUCUGAUAGUUUUUCUGGAGAUGUUAGUUUGAAUCGCGUCAACAGCAGAAACACGUUAAACGACCGGGCAGAUGAAUUUUACGGUGGAACAGAUAACAUAGUAAAGUCUACUGAAAAGGACGAGUUUGCUAAGGACAUUAAUAUUUUUGCCUAAAUAGUGAUUUCUCAUGAAUAAAUGUCAUACUAUAAGAGCGCUACCUCACCGGGAGCAUUCGCGUGUAUUGUAGGCAACGUUACAGACUCGACAGUGCGCAGUCAAUAAGGGAGAAAGCUUUGUAACGAUACAAAACAAGUUUACAUCGGAGGAAGGGACCGUGAUUUAUAAAGCGCACCUUGUUAUAAUACAAUGUGCUGGUACCUAAUAUCUCGAUAUAGCUUGUAACGUCAAUGUGUUUUUUUUUUGUAGGCAUGACACCAAUACCUAUCGUUUCUUUUAUAUCGCACUCAAAACGAUGACCGCUUCGAGUGAAACAAAUUAAAAAUGAAUACUGGAAAAUUCAACUCUUAACUGUUUCAUUAUAAGCGAAUGUUCGUCAGUCAAGAAGGUAGCAUGUACAAACUAGAAUCAAUCUAUAAUGUUACAUUACACGCUAAAUCUCACGGUGAGGAAGCGCCAUCAUACCUAGGUUUUUAAUUCAUUAAAUAAAUUAUGUAAAUCUAAAUUAUUUUGAAACUUAAGGUAAUAAAAUUAACCAGUGCAAUAA